AUGGCCUCAAAUGGCACCUCCUCAGCCUCCCGCAGCUCCGUUGUGCAGUCCACAGCCGUCGAAAGCAUCGUCCCUACUUCAUCUCGCAGGCAUCGCAAGCGGCGCCUCUACACCGUAGACCGCCGUUCCAUCUGCGUCAUGGCCAAGGAGAACCCUCACCUCCGCCAGGAAGACAUCGCGCAGCACUUCAAUGUCGAGCGCAGUACCGUCAGCAAGAUCCUCAAGGAAAAGGUUCGCUGGUUGUCUACCCCUGCCGAGCCUACAAUCAGAGUAUCCAAGUACAGGUACGUACUCGAGCGUUAUCGUCUCCUCGAAAGUUACUUAACUUUGUUGGUAUGCAGACUCGCCAAGUUCCCACGUCUCGAGGCCGAUAUGAAAGCCUGGGUCGUGUCUGAAAGCGCAGCUGGCUUGAUCUUCACCGACGCCAUGAUUCGCAACAAGGCCAAAGAGCUUAACGUAAAGUGGAAGUACGAGACCGAGGGCAAGUUUAGAGCUAGCCCUGGUUGGAUCGAGAAUUUUAAGACCCGCGUUGGUAUCCGCAAGGGGCGAUACAUUGGCAACGGCACGAGCGAACAAAAGGCUAAUGCGCAGGGUGUCCCAGUCGACUGGAAUAGAUGGCAACAGCCGCACGAGCCGCAGGUGGCAGAUACCGGUUCAUCUUUAAGCAACCAAAGCAAUACUAACCAGGCCAGUCCGACCCCCGUCCUUCCGCAGGAAAUG